AUGGUGGAAGUCUUGAGCUUCAGUGCCCUUCCUGCGCGUCCGCCUACUCCUCCGCGAUCAUCCUCACUCAAAUCGGCUGUGUUGAAGUCCGAUAUUCAGCAGCUGCCCAGCCAUCAAGCUCCCCUGUCCACCCCGAGCGACGGCUUUUCUUCACCUCCGAAUUUGUCACCGUUUCCUCAAUCCAGUGGCCUGUCCAAAAGAGUCAAUUUCUCCCCUCUGACAAGCUAUAUCAAACCGCCAUCCUUCCCAACCUCGAAUGCCCACAAGUCUAGAACACCUCUCCGGGCUCUGCCACCUUCGAAUCAAUGCAAGCCAUCCAAAUCGAUACUCAAGUCUUCUUGCUCGUCGCCCGCCUCAACCCCCCCUGCUGAACAGUCCUUUAACUCAUCGGACCACCUUCCUGCCAUGUUAGAGUCCAUCUGCAAGCAGCUUGCGGGCGGCUCCCGCACCUCUAGGGCUGACGCUUACCAGCAUCUGCUAGGUACUUUGGCCGCGUACAGCAAUAUCCCAGAUGAGGGAGCCCUAGCGGAUCAGGUUGAAACCUUUUCGCAGUACAUCCGAAGGGAUAUUUGCGAAGUGUCCGGGAUUUAUCAACCACUCGAUAUCAAACUCGUACGCCAAGCAUUGAAGUUGUUGGCCAUGUUUAUCUAUGAACCGAAGUUCUCCUCCCGACUCCCCGACGAUCUCGAAGUUUUCGUGAUCGAUCACGCAAUCGCCUCUCUUCAAAACCCGAAUGUACCGAAAACGGUUGCAAUUGAGUAUAUGCGUGUAUUAUCCAUGCAAAAAUGUUCGCCAAAAGUUAUGACAAGCAAUCGAGUGACGCUCUUGUUAUCUGUACUCAAGGACAUAACGAAUCGUGUUGAAGGCAAGGCGGUACUUGCCCAUCGUCUAGCAAUUUACAGAGAACUCCUACUCCUACCGCAGUCAACAAUGGCGUCUCACGCUGACUUGUGGAUGGAUCAUCUUAUAACGGCACUCCUUCAUAACUUAAAAGAUAUACGAACAAGAGCGAUCAAAGUUGGUAAGUUGGCUGCAAUGGCAAUGGGUCCAAAUACCACUGUCUCCGUCGCAUUACGGGAAGUACUUGACGUUACUCUGGAAAAUGGCUCGCCUUUUGUUGCAGAGCUUUGCGACAGAUUAUCUGCUAUGAUAUCAAGUCCCGACAGUGGUUCACAAGUGCCACAAAUUUGGAGUGUUAUAAUUCUCUUGCUUCGAACAAAGCGAUGGUCCAUUGACAACUGGCCCCAUUUAAAGGACUGGCUUUUAGUUAUUCAAAGGUGUUUUAAUUGCAGUGACAUAAUGACGAAAUCCCAAGCUCUCAUGGCUUGGGAUUUGUUUGUUUAUGCUUUGUCGCCGAAUGAGUCCACCAGCACAGAUAUUACAAAAAUAUUAUUCCGACCAAUCCUUUCGCAACUUGAAAGGAAAAAAUCUGACAAACAGGGUAUUCUAGUCAACCAGGCUUUCACGAGUUACCAUAGACUCCUCUAUUAUGCUUUUCGGCCCUCGGCCUCUCAUAGUCGUUUGGCCUUCUUCUGGACAAUUUACAUUGGGAAUCCGUUUUCAGGAAACCUGAACUCCGACCCAACUAAUAAUGAACGGUUAUGUCGGAUAUUGUCUUAUCUACUCUGGAAUCAGCAACCAAAGAUUUGGGAAGAAGAUAAAAUCGGGAUUAUCAAGGGGACAACUCUUGAGCCCGAGGAUCUCCCAAGACUGGACUGUAGAUGGAUUCGAUCUCGGCUCCCAAUUAUUCUUCCAGUCUUCAAAUCGCUCUUCAAGUCUUCAGCUUGGAAUGACGAUGAUAUAGCUAAGUCAGGUAUCGGACUCUCAUGGACAAAUCUUUCAAAGGCCUUGAGCGAUGCUGGCAGUAAUGAGAUCACGCCCUCAUCGGAAUCGAUGCAAGCAAUAGCCAGUAUUCUUGGGACUUUGCAACGCGUCUGGAGGACAGCACCUCUAUCUUUAAAUGCGAACGGGGAUACUCGAAAUGAUACAUUCUAUAAACGUUUCCAAUUCCUUUUGACAACCGUGGUCUCGUCUACUGGGCCAGCCAUAUUUACCGACAAGUUAUUUGCACAAAUAUCUCAAGACAGGUUUCAAACUGCUACCACUCCUGCACACAAUCGACAAUCGGUAGAUAACAAUGUCAAAUCUCCUCUACUUCACUUACUUCACUUGAUUACGUUUUCGCCAUUACCAUCAUCGACAAUCAGCUCCGCUUAUUUUCAACUGCUACAUGUCAUAAUCGAGAUGGGUGUUCAAGGGAAAACAUCGAGAUAUGCUAAGCUUGAAGUACUUCGUCAAUUCGCAGAUCUAUUGUUAGAGCAAUCAGGAAAUGUUUCUGAUGUCAAUUUGGAAUGUUUGUCCAACUGCCACCAUGUAUGGCAAUCUAUAGCAAAGCUAGCUAAGGGAUACCUCCUAGCUUUUCCCAUGAGGACUGAAAUCAUGAAACGUGACGGUUCGGCGCCAAAUGAUUACGAAAACGUAAUUACUAUUCUUGUUGCGGGAUCCCGUUUUGAGUCAUCAUUUUCGGAGUGGUCCUUACUCCUUGAUUCGUUCAGCUCUGUUGUUCGGGCCGAAAAGGGUGAAGCUGCUUUGACUGGUAUACUUGAGACACUGUCAGAGACCAUCAGUUCCCAACCUCUAGCGGCUGUUGCUGGUAAUUGUGCAGCUCUCCUAGACUUACUCAAAUUCACUUCCGUCCAAGAGCAGCCUCCAUCCCCGACGCAUCCCUCAAUUAACAAAUCGCCAUUUGCGUAUCGCCAAAUUCAACACCAUUCUGGCAACAAGUUAAUUGAACUGACUAGCAAGGUGCUGAAAGAGAUUUAUGUAGAGUUAGCCGGUACUGAUCAUAGUCGCAUCGUUAGAUUUUUAGCUUCUACGACUAAACUUAUUGAUCGAUGUCCAUCGUCGUUCGGCCCAAUAUUGCUUAGCGAGUUACAGGAUUCUUUAGGUCUAUGGAUAACUGACCGUGAUGGUGUGCUUACUAGUCGACCAGAUGUGGGCAAUAACAUCAGUGCUUCAGCACGAGAACUGAUACUCUCGACCACUAAACUUCUCCAAAAAUCUGCUGAGUUGAAAGACACACUAUUACAGAAGCUAUCAACGCUUGUCACAUCUGGAUUGGAAUCACGACAUAAAUUUACUGCGAACCAAUUUAUCAAGCUAUGGAAUAAUUCCUUUGGUUCAAGAACAACGUUAGAGUAUCCUGAAAAUGUUGAAAAAGCUCUGAGAAGGUUGAAACCAUUUGUGCAUCUCUCGCUGCCAAACUUUCCUCAAGAGGAAAACUCUACGAUUGAUCUUUCCUCUCCUGACUUCCUGAGCUCUCAAGAAGACAUGGUCGAAUCCGAAACUCCAAUUAAGCUCCUCGACAGCACAAGCAAGAUUUACAAAGCCUUUUCUCCUUCUCCUGCACAAAGCACAACACCUUCCAGCACAAAUAAAGCUUGCCGUCGCAAAAGGAGCACUCCAUCGACGUCCAAGCUGUCAACACCCAAGCCACGACUUCGCCAUGAUGAUUCACAGAUUCGAUUUGUCCCUGUCGACUCCUCCCCUGCACCUAAUGCCGUUGGUGAUGCUCAGGUGCUGACUGACCACCAAAGAGAAGUCAGAGAUAGGCAGCGAGGGGAGACUGCGAGGCAGUAUCCAGGUCUUCGUUCCUCUGACUCGCAGCUUGAUCGGGAUACAAGCUAUCCACCGCUCCCGGCGAAGCUUGGAGGCUUUAAGAACGAGGAAAAUGCUCUGCCAAGCCCUGUGCUUCACCUUCCAAUCGAGGGCAAUGAGGAGAACUUCCCUGAUCGUUCGCCGACUUCAACUCCCGAAACCUCAGUUGUGCAACUUGAUCAAAUGGUCAAAUCGCACUUAAUAUCUGUUUUAGAUAUCGCUGGUCGACAGUCUGAGGACCCUCCUUCAUCCCCUCCUCAAAUAUCGCACCACGAAAAUCGGAGCAUAGAAGCGUCCGAAACCAAAAGAAUUUGCGACGUUAAAAAUCAGGAAAUCGUUAUGAGUGACGACCUGUCUUCCCCUCCAAGGAGUUCACCGACACCAAUUAGUGGUGACCCUAGUCAUCGACGUAGCAUGUUCAGCUCUCGGAAAACAGCAGAAUGGAAAGCGACAAGGACCAACAAGGUUAUUAACCCAGAACCUAAGGAUAUCACUUCACAGGGGGAUUAUCCAUCAAUCUUCCCAACCCAAGAUGCUGAUCUAGUUCCGUCAGAGGAAAGUGAGAAUAAGGGACACUCCAACAGCUCGAAUCCGAAUUGUCCUGUCUCAAAUAUUGAAGUCGAUAGGAUUGAUAUUAUUCCAGACUCAUUCAGCAAUGAUCUUGAAAGACAGAUAGCGUCUCAACUCGAACAAGACCUGGAGUUGUCAAUGGAUAUGGAAGUGUCAAGCAAAGGGACGCCAGAACCGAACGCUUCAAUUGUGACGCGAUCGAUGAAGCGUAAAAGGGAUGACAAGUCUUCACAAGAGCGUGAUCGCAUCAAACGAGUCUCUCCAAAUAGACGAAGUAAAGUUGUGGUUGAUGAGUCAGUCGCUUCGGAAAAAAUACCUUCUCAUCAGGAAAAUAUCACUUGCGGAAAUGAGGUUGUGCCGUCGAAGCGACCGAGUCGAUCAUCACGGAAAAAGACGAAUUCAAUUCUCGAUUCUGCGAAAAUUAUCAAUCCCUCGCAAGAAAUCGGGAAACCGGCCCAUUGUCCAAACCAUCGUAAGUCCAAGAAACGAAGGUCUCUGCGCCUGAGCGGCCAGCCAGCAUUACCAGCACCCUCGGUUGAGCAACGUGACGAGCAAAUGGCCCACCAAAUGUCACCUGAUUCGGAAAUGGCAAAAAACACGGCAGCAGAUGUAGAAAUGAGCAAUCAAACCGACCAUCCAUAUUCCAAAGAAGGGGAUCUUGCAGGUUCAACGGAACAGGAAACUCGAUCUGGCAAGCCUGAAACUUCCGGAGCUGGCAUACUUGCUUCUCUACGUUCAGUUCUAGGAUCGAUCAGGACGGUAACAUUUGGGAGACGCGUGCUUCGCGAGAUUGAAGAUGUGAUGUUUGAUAUCAAAGUGGAAGCGCAUGAUGCUGAAAGGCGACAUAAUGGAAAUGCUUAA